AUGGUCAUUAAAGUCGAGGUCGUCGAAAUGAAGUUUGGCAAAGUCAAGGUCGUCGAAGUCAAGGUAACCGAAGACGAGGACGUCGAAGUCAGGGGCGUCGACAUUAAGGUUGUCGAAGUCAAGCUCUUCGACUUAAAGGUCGUCAAAGUCGAGGUAUUCGAUCUGGCGGUUGUCGCAGCUAAGGACGUCGAACUGGCGAUCUUCAAGGCCGAGGAGGGGAACUAG